UUUAUAUCGCCAGGUGUUCCAAUUUCAAUUUCCACAUUCGCAGACUGUACAGUUCCGCGUAAAAUUUGAACAAGUAGAUCUAGACUAGAUCUAAUUCAAACCCUUGUUUGCAGUCGGUUACAUAGACUCUCCACCAAAAAACAAAAAAAACUGGUCUCAAAGAUUGGUGGUAAGACGGGGGUCACAGCUUCCCAAGGCUGGUGAACUCAAAUAGUAUUUCGUAGCCCGGCUUCAGUGUGAACAGAACAUGGGCUGUUUAUUUUCCAAAGACAAAAGUUCGGAAAGUAAAGCCUGUACAAAUGACAGUAUUCUAAUGAUCGAGAAGCACAUACGGGAUGUAAACUAUUUAAGUCAAGUCACUUCCGCCCACUUAGUACAAGAUAUGUCACAGUCUCGCAAACUGCUCAUUGCUAUGGAUGGUUAUAAACACUCAGACUACGCCUUUGAUUGGUACUUGAAAUAUUUCUAUAAACCUAAAGAUGAAGUCGUCCUGUUUCAUUGCAUAGAGCCAGACGUUGCUACUUAUCUGAAGGGCAACAAGGCAGCAACAAACAGUGGAGCCACCAGUGCAGGGGACGAAGAGGAGAACCCAGUCGUGGCUAAGUUGCAGUCCAAGGCCACUGCCUCGGGGCUCAAGGCAUCUGUAUUGAAGGCGCACAGCAGCAAGCCAGGGGAGGCUAUCAUCAAGGCCGGCGAUGAGCAGCGGGUGGACAUGAUCAUCACGGGCUCCCGCAGCCUCGGCACCGUCAGGCGCACACUGGAGGGCAGCGUCAGCGAGUACGUCGUCCACCAGUCCUCAGUGCCCGUCCUGGUGGUGAAGACUUGAAAGUGGUGCGGUCACUAGAUGUCCUGUAGGACAAAACCAGUAAAACAUUAUUGGCAAAGACAAAGACAAUGCGUGUAAGGGGGCUGCGUUAUAAGUGUUAUGAGUGAGUAUAGGUGAGAGAGGUAGAGAACAAUUGUGAAGUGAAAAAAAAAAUGAUCUAUAAUUUAAGUGCAAGUAUCUCAGAAUGUGAGAGGUCGUGUGCAUGCGUGCGUGCGUGGAGAAAGUGGUUUAGGGGGGAACAUAAAGGAGAGGGAGCGAGGAUUUCAUUGUAUUAAAAUCUUUUUAAAUUAUUAUUUGAAAAAUUGGCUUAUAUUCUGGAGCGACAGUAAAUACAUUGAUUUUUCUGAACAAUUGAA